AUGUCAGACUCUUCUCGACUGGCCGACUCCUUGCGGGUCACCUCGCGAAGCUUUGAUACUAAUACCGGGGCUGAGCCGGCCGCCAUCUCCGUUCCCACUUCGCCCUUCAGCGUCGCCCUCACCUUCGCCGUAGAAUCCGUCUCACAUCUGUCCAAUAUACAACUACUACUUCCCUCACCCGACAGGUUGUCUCUCAUCACAACAACUGCCGUUACCACCCUUGUUGUCUUCUUCAUUGUUCGAUAUGUUCUUUACCCUAAGUGGGGGAGAGCCAUCCCCAGUCCACUGAGGGCCUCGUUUCCCGACGUGCCCCCCGACGCCAUCAAGUCUCAGGUCUACCACCCAGAUGUCCUCCCUGGGGCUCGGGAUGUGACCACUCCGUACGGCACCAUCCGUGUGUAUGAAUGGGGCAACGUCAACGGCCCUAAAGUCCUCCUUGUCCAUGGCAUCUCGACACCUUGCAUCACUCUCGCGCCGCUAGCUCGCGCUCUGGCCGACAAGGGCUGCCGCGUUCUUACUUUCGACCUCUUCGGCCGGGGUUUCUCGGAUGGUGUGGGCGACCUUCCCCACGACGACCGUCUCUACGCCUCGAAUAUCCUCCUUGCCCUCGCCUCCUCCCCUUUGCCCUGGACCGGAAACCAUGCCUUCCACCUUGUAGGCUACUCUCUCGGCGGUGCCCUCGCAGCCUCUUUCGCUGCCGGGUUUCCCCGUCUCCCGGCCUCCCUCGUGCUUCUGGCACCCGCAGGUCUCAUCCGCACCGCCGACUUCGGUACUAUCGCUCGCCUCACCUUCCGCUCUGGUCUCGUCCCCGAGCGCCUCCUCGCCCUUGCCACCAAAAGCCGUCUCCAGCGUCCUAUUGCGGCAUCCUCCAAGCGGAAACCGACCCAGGCAGACUCUCUCCGGGAUGAGCUUUCUUCCUCUUCCCCCACCGCCAAGGUUGCCGAUGUCGUCGCCUCCGAAACCAAAGGACCGGAAGGUACUCCGACCCUGCCACUCGAGCGCCGCGUUGACGAAUAUGUCCGCUGGAUGGUCACCCAUCACGCCGGCUUUGUCCCGGCUUUUAUGAGCUGCAUACGCCACGCCCCCUUGACGGACCAACACCCCACUUGGGCUUCCCUCGGCCGCCUUCUGUCUCCGGGCCGCAUCGCCGUUCUCCUGGCUCGCCAUGAUGAGAUUGUCAAUUGUGAAGCCUACGAGCGGGAAGGCCGUCCGCUUCUUGGCGAUGUCGACAAAGUACAUUGGGGUGUCUUGGAUGGGAACCAUGACUUUGUCAUGACACACGUCGAGGACAUCAUGGCCCAGCUCGAUUCGUUCUGGGGUCUCGUCAGAAAGGAGAGGAUAUGA